AUGCUUGGCCCCUUGCAGCGAGCCAUCGAAUCCCUUGCGAACGGCUUCAAGAAAAAGGGUGACUACGAUGCUAUACGAAAACAAGUCUGGGAUAGCUUUGAAACGAGCGGCUACGAAACCCAGGUUACACAGUCUAUCUUGGAGGUUGCCGAGCAAGAAAUUGAGCGUAACCCGAACCAACUCCUAACUCUCGAUCGGGGAAAGGCCGCGGCCUUGAUUGAUGGCGCGCUUGAGCGGUCAGGCAUCUAUCAGAAGGCUCAGCAGAUGAUCGAAAAACUUAUAGAUACAGGCGCAAUCGAGCAGCGCAUUCGCGAAAUCAGACGAACCGAAAUUGGCCACGAAGAAGCCGUGGCCGAGCAACUCCGAGGGUCAAAAACUGAUGAAGAAUAUGUUGCCGAGACGACCGAGAAGCAGCUGGAACGCCAACGGGUGCGAGAAGAACUAAGGGCAAAGGAACUCGCGAUCCAGGAAGAGAAGCGCAAAAUUGCAAGAGAAGAGCGCAAACAAGCUGAGCGAGAGCGAGAAAAGGAAGAAGUGAAGCGCCGCGAAGAGCGUGACGCCCGGAGCGCAGUCGUGAUCGGAGCCGCGAUCGGAGCCGCGAUCGAGAUCGGGAGAGGGAUAGAGAUCGAACCCGAGUGCAUGAUCGUGCGAAAGAUCGAGACUUUCGCGACCGUAGCCGUGAUCGAGACCGAGAUCGAGACCGAAGUAGAGACCGCUCUCACCGACGCGAUAGGGACCGGGACAGAAGUCGUGACCGGAGCCACGAUCCAAGUCGCUACCGAGAUAAAGAUCGCCGGGAUCGUGAUCGUGAUCGUGACCGCAACCGGGAUCGUGACCGAGACCGAGGCCGCGAUCACGACCGCAACCGUGACGGAGAGCGGGAUCGCGACCGGGACAAGGAGAGGCGAAAGAAUAAGGAAUCCGAGUCAGGCCCGCCGAAGGAGCUCUCCAAAGAGGACCACGAGCGACUGGAACAAGAAGCUCUUGCAGAUCUUCUUCGGGAGUCAAAGCAUGUGGAACAAAAACAACCUGAGAUCGAGAUUGACGAAGCUCUCGCGCCACCGCCUCGGAAAGCUAAACCUGCGUCAGCCAUUAUGCCGAUCAAGAGAGACUCUUCAAGGCCGUCAGAGACCAAGAAGAAGCUCGGAGAUAGAGCUUCUAGCUCAAAUCAAGCAAAUGAUCGUCGAAGCACUAAGAACGGCGAGCCAGCAGCUUCCUCCCAUUGUUGCAUCUGCUCACCGUAACGAGGCAACCAUGGAGAAUGCCUCACCAGCUCCCGUCACAAGAGAUCUCGAGAAACCCCGUGAUAGCUCACGCGCCCCUGGCCAGGCUCAAGAUCGCGAGGCUAAGGACGCCAGCGAUGUUAGCUCCCCAAUCAUCAAGCGAGCAGGAGAUAAGGACUGGCGCGACAGGAGCGUUGAUCGACCCCAACGGCGUGAACGCAGUCGUUCCAAGGCAAGGCGGAAUCGAGAAAGCUCCCGCUCCCGUACGCGCACGGACGAUAGACGGGCACGAGAGAGGUCGGUCGCGCGCUCAAACGUGAUCGCGACCGCGAUCACUACCGUGAUCGUUCACGACGCCGAGAUCGUACUCGGUCCCGUACACGAGCUUUACGGCACGAAUCAAACCGCCGCCGCUCUAGGAGCCGGUCUACUAGGAGAGGUAGCUCCCGCAAUCGAGACCGAGACCGCGACCGAGAUCAGCAUCGGGAUCCGGCCUCCCGGGCCAAAUCCCCAUCGAUCAGCACUGCUGUAG